AUGAUGGAAUACGGAAGAACGCGCAAAGGGCCGCUGCCUGGAGGUUGCCAGGGCGCGUCUGGAGCUGGCGCUGGACGCGGCAGCAUGCGAACCGCCAGCCGAGCGCGAGGUGCUGCACGACCACCCAGCAGCCCCUCGCAUCCAUCAUCCCCACCAGCUGGCUUGGUGUCGGCAGGGUCUUCGCGGGCCCAGCAAUCGGCACCCGCCUCUGGUGGAGUUCGCCGCAUGCGUUGGACAACCCAGAUGAACAGCAACGCAUUGCGGGCGUAUUUUGGGGCGAAAGGGGGAGAAACUGGAUGUUUGGCGUAUCGGGCUAGGAUGCAUCGUCUUUUUGCUGAGCUGGAGCCAUCUUUAACCGUCACAGAGCAAAACCUGGCAGACCGAGUUCGGUAUAUCUUGCGCUCAAAUAUAUUUGAUGUCGCCGAACUCGAACGGCUACGACGUGAGGCUGUUCCCUCGUCGGAUGAGAAUGCUACGGCUGAGGAUGCGGCGCCACAAAUGGUAGAGCAACCCGCAAACGUGGAUGCCGCCGUGAAUACCCCAGUUGUGGUUGAUUCAAACGAUGAUGGAACAGUCGCCCAGGAACUGGAAUUAGAGCAUAUGAGGAGUACAUUGGAAGAGGCGAUUGUGGAAACGCGCAGUACGCCUCUCGAAAAUCGACCGCGACUUCCCCGCAUAGCCCUAAGCAAGCGGAAUCGGGCUGUCGUGAGGGCUCUGAACCCAAUGCUGGUGACCUAUUUGGAAGCCAGCCGGGACCUUUGCGAGACGGACUCAAUUCUUUUUGGCGCCGCGCUGGCAGUCUGCCGUAUCAUAGGCGCCAAGGUUUCCACGGCUGGACGCGCUACUGGCUAUAGUAGCGCUAUCCCAGCAUGGAGAAGAAGAAUUGAGGAACGUAUCGCAAAGGCUAGAGCUCUCAUCGGCAGACUGAUAUGCUUCAGAUCAGGCAACAACAGGCCAAGAAUUGUGCGCACCGUCAGGAUGGCGUUUGCUGGGACAAAUGUCAGUUUGUCCCAGCCGGAUAUAACGCAAAAACUGACGGAGCGCAUAGAUGAUCUGAAGCAGAGAAUCGCUGCUUGGGGAAAGCGGAUUCGGCGAUAUACCGAGAGGUCGACACGGUUCAACCAGAAUCGUCUCUUCCAGAGUGAUCAGAAGAGGCUCUAUGAAUCAUUGGAGCGACCAAUGGUAAGUGGAACGGGUCCAGCACCGAAUCAGGCCGACACUGUAGCAUUCUGGCGCGGCCUGUGGUCAGAGCCCGUAAACCACAGCGAGGGCCCUUGGACGGAAGUUGUGGCGAGUCAGUGUGCGGGUAUUACGCCCAUGGACCCCGUCAUCAUAACGCCGGAUGACGUAGCUGAGGCGGUCCGUAGGGCCCCGAACUGGAAAAGUCCGGGGCUUGACGGGCUGCAUCACUACUGGCUGAAGGGGUUCAUGUAUCAUCUAUCGAAAAUGGCUCUGGCAUUCCGUAAUGUGCUGAGAACAGCAGCAAGAAGGAUUCAAGUGCGAAACUAUGCUGAUGCUUCAAGUGCAGAUGAAAUGGCCUUGACAUUUGCGGCUGGUAAUAAGGUGUUUUUCGACAAAAAAGUUGUGAAACAAAUUGAUGUACCAUCUUUCAGUGGAUCUUUUGGUAUAUUACCAAAGCAUGUCCCUACUCUAGCUGUUCUUAGGCCCGGAGUUGUCACAGUUUAUGAAAAUGAUGGCAAGCAGACCAAAAUAUUUGUAUCCUCUGGGACAAUCACUGUCAACGAUGAUUCUUCUGUUCAGGUAUUGGCUGAAGAAGCUCAUCCCGUGGAGAGUUUGGAUCGAAGUGCCGCUCAGGAGGCUCUCAGCAAGGCUCAGUCUGAAUUGAAUUCUGCUGCAAAUGAACAGGCAAAAGCUGAGGCAGCAAUUGCAGUAGAGGUAGCUGAAGAAAUUGUGAAGGCUGCAUCUGCGUAA